GCGUCCCAACCGACAGAUAGCAGUCUGGAAACGACAGCAACAAUGGCAUCCCACACGCGGCCCCAGAAGCGACCUUGUGGAGAGAGGUUCUGGCUGCGUGGCGACAAUGCUCGGCUGCGAGACUUUACCGAGUUUCUGUCUGACGAGAUUAUCUUGUAUAUAUUUGCAUACCUCUCGCACCAAGACUUGGCGUGCAUAGCGUCGGCCUCUCGAAGCUGGAAGCGUUUGGCAUCAGACCAAUACUUGUGGAAGCGUUUGUUUAUGGACCGUUUCUCGCUCCUUCCUCCACCACCGCGACAAUCCCUUACUCAGCAAUGUAAACCAUCGCGCGCUGAUUCUCCAACUUCAGGGCGGGAGCUAUGUUCCUCGUCGCGAACGAGAAAGAGUAGUAUGGCGGGAAGAAUUAUGCAGGAGCGCGAGGAUUGGCAUUCAAUGUACAUACUUCAACAUAAUUGGCAUGUAGGUAACUGCCGUAUCACGAGCUUGGACGUAUCCGGGAAGAUCCGGGCUGGGCAGGACGACAAUACAAGUAUUUCUACAUACCCCACCACCAAGACAGCUGGGUACGCUGUUAACGCCACAGUUGAUCGCAAGAGCAAUCCAGUUGUUACCUUUACGAAAGACCUUAUUUUCUCAUCCACCUUCCUGGAAACCUCUUGCCAUUCUCCCGAAAUCAAUGUUUGGCGAAUCGAGGAUCAAUCCCAUGUUGGUACAUUGGUCAGCUCGUCAAACUUGCCAGCAUCGGUUAUUAUUACUACGUUACGGAUUGACGAAGGUACCGGAAAUCAUGGUGCGAAUCCAAAGCGGGUCAUAGCGGGCUAUAGCACCGGAGGAUUUACAUUAUGGUCCUUCUCGACAAAGAACGACAAUGGCACGUCUGGUUGGAAAGCCGAGGAGUUAUGCACCAUCCAUCGCAACGCUCAGGGUCGCUCUUUACUAUCUGUAGCGAUUCUCAACAAUUAUGUUGUAACUUGCUCGUCAGACUUUGAUUUGGUCGUUUACAAGGUGCAGGGCACCUCAUCGAACGAGCGCCAAACUUGUAUACCAAUCCACCACUUGCGAGGAAGCUCUUGCUGGGCUCCAGUAGACCUUCAUUUCGAGCAAAAUCAGCACGACGGACAAUAUCUUUUAUAUGUUUCAUAUGCUGCACCCACCCUUCACGGUGAAUGGGACGUGGGUGUUCAAGAAUUUCGAUUUACCGAUACCAUGACGUUGGUAACAACGCGGCACUACACACCUGCUCCUGUCGGUUUUUCCAUGCCGAGAGGAACCUCACCGUUGACAUGUAUUCGCUUCCGGCCACCAUAUCUUGUCACCGCCCACGCAGAUAACAGAGUGGAAGUCUACAGACUUGUCACUGCCGAAGCCGGCACUCGUAAAUCUCUGCCGCGCGCAUACCUCAUUCAUGCGUCAACACUUUACGCUCAUGCCGCUGCGGUAAUGGCUCUGGAACUGGAUGCAGUGAGCGGCAAAUUGAUUACUGGUGGAGUUGAUGGAUUGAAAAUCUGGAAACUCGCUACCAGCGCAGAGUGCUUAUACGGUGACAUGGCGCCAGAUCCGGUCGUCACUCUUAUGGAUGAUGACUGGGCAAAGGAAUGGGAAACAGGAAUAACGGCUUGCGGGCGUGGUCCAAGGUGGCUUGGGUUUGAUGAAGGGAAGAUUGUGAGUGUAAGUGGGGGCUGGUGGAUAGAUAAAUUUGAGGGAAGAUCAAGAGAGGGACUCAAAAUGGGCGGCAAUGAAUUUGACAAUCCGGUCGGUGUUGUGAAAAUCUUUUCCUUUUUGGAUGAGUGAGUACGGUUCAAUUGGCAAUCCGUUAUAGUAAAUAUCAAAAGAAUGAAUGCUCCGAACCUCGAAGCUGUUUACAAAAAAUCCACAUUGUUACUCUGUUAUUCGUAAGCAGCGUAUCGAUUGCAACCAUACGUACAAUAAUAAGAACUAUACAAAAG